UCCAGGCCUCUGAGCACCUCCCACUCCCUCCCCAACCCCCUCCCCCCAACUUCCCCUCCUCCCGGGGAGAAGGGGUGUGUGGGCGAGGCCUGUGGGUCUGAGCCUGCAGAGGAGGGGAGGAGGGGAUUCUAGCUCUAGGGACAGGAUUGGGGGGCACAUGGUUGGCCCCACCUCCAGCUCUGCUGGUUCCCAGCUGAGCUCCUGCUGGAGGGAGGGGAAGGGGCUUGGACUGUGUGUGUGUGUGUGGGGGGGGGGGGGGGGGCUGGGCUGAGAAACGGAAGUCCUUGAGGCCCCUAAGUGAGGACACUGUCUGGGCACCCUGGCCUCGCCCAAGGAAGUCCCCUUGAGUUGAGCCAACUUUUCUAAGCGCCGCGUUCCCUGGGGGUGAGUGUAGGGAGGACCGGGCACCGAGCAGACGCAGGGCACAGAGUGAAGAGCCCACACAAGGUCACGCUGGUUCCGGUUGGCCCCAGCCGACCGCAGAGCCCUCUGCCUGGACACAGGCUGGACAAAGGCAGCCUGUUUAACGCCCAGCCCCCCUUCUCCCAGGCAGCUGCCCUGGCCGGCCCCUGGGGUGAUGAAUGUAGGGGAGUAGGUCUGGUGACCUUGCAGCGCCCCAGCCCGGCCCAGUGGGGAGAGCAAUGUUGGUGGGGGGUGGGGGGUGGGGGCUAGCUGUGGGAGGGGUUUCCUGGGAGAGGAAGUGCUCUGGGGUUAUGGGCAGGCCCAGGAAGGAGGGCUCCGAGUCGCCCUGACCCUUUUCACCAAGAGAGUGGGGGUGUGCCCGGGGCAGAGCCCUCGGGAAGGCCAGCCGUGUGCACAGACACCCACCCUUCCCUUUCCCGGGACUGGCGCCAUAGAGGAAACCGACGGGGACUGCCCAGACCCCCCUCCCUUCCUUCCUCUCUCCCUCAGGCAGUGGAACGGGAUCCCCCUCGCCCCCUUCUGAUGGGCAGCGGGAGGCUUCGGGGGCUGCACCCAGGCUCUGAGCUGCCCUAGGGCUGCAGACUGGCUGGGUGUGGGCCCUAGACAUGGCCCAGCCGCUGCCCUUUGUCCUCAAUGUCCCUGAGAUCCCGGAGGACCAUGACCGGGAGCCCAGCCCGUACGACGAGAGUGAAGUCCAUGACUCCUUCCACCAGCUCAUCCAGGAGCAGAGCCAGUGCGUGGCUGAGGAGGGACUGGAGCUACGGCAGAGGGGGCUGGGGGCCGGAGCCCCGGGGACCUCGGGCAGUGGCCGCCAGGCCCCCCUGGGGCCCGAGGAUGCUGCUGCCCACAGCACGGCCACGCUCCGCAUCCUGGCCAGCAUGCCUAGUCGCACCAUCGGCCGCAGCCGCGGGGCCAUCAUCUCCCAGUACUACAACCGCACGGUGCGGCUUCGGCGCAGGGUCAGCCGGCCCCAGCUCGGGGGCGUGGGGCGCUCGGCCCGGCCCAGCCUCCGCCUCUAUGACCUGGAGCUGGACCCCGCGGCCCUCGAGGAGGAGGAGAAGCGGUCCCUGCUGGUGAAGGAGCUCCAGAGCCUGACGGUGGCCCAGCGGGGCCACAUGCUGAAGGGAAUGCCCUUGGGCCUGGCUGAGAAACGCAGCCUGCGAGAGGAGAGCCGGACCCUGACCGGGAAGCACAGGGAGCAGCGGGGCCGGCGUGGGCUCUUCCCCUGCUGUGGUUGGCUCCGAGACACCUGCGUCCUGGCCCUGCACGGCCUGGGGCUCUGGCUGCUGGCGGGUCUGCACGGCCUGAAGCCCUGGCGCUACGCCCUGAAGCGGAUCGGAGGCCAGUUCGGCUCCAGCGUGCUCUCCUACUUCCUCUUCCUCAAGACCCUGCUGGCCUUCAACGCCCUCCUGCUGCUGCCCGUGCUGGCCUUUGUCGUGGGCGUGCAGGCCGCCUUCCCGCCACCAGCCUCCCCGGGCCCUGUCCCCGCCUUCACGGGCCUGGAGCUGCUCACGGGCGGGGGCCGUUUCAGCCACACCGUCAUGUACUACGGCUACUAUAGCAACAGCACGCUGAACCAGCCGUGCGUGCCCGCCCCGGGUGGCGGUCAGUGUGGCCGCGAGACCGACGGUCUGCCCUACAACAUGCCCCUGGCCUACCUCUUCACUGUGGGCGGAGCCUUCUUUAUCACCUGCGUCACCCUGGUGUACAGCAUGUCACACUCUUUUGGGGAGAGCUAUCGGGUGGGCAGCACCUCGGGGGUUCAUGCCAUCACCGUGUUCUGCUCCUGGGACCACAAGGUGACUCAGAGACGGGCCUCCCGCCUCCAGCACGACAACAUCCGAACCCAUCUGAAGGAGCUGCUGGCCGAGGGGCAGCUGCGGCAGGGUCCCCAGAGCGUGUGCGGGCGGCUGAGGCAGGUGGCCGUGCUGGGCCUCGUGUGGCUGCUGUGCCUGGCGACCACGCUGGGCUGCACCGUGGCCGUCUACGCCUUCUCCGAGUUCAUGAUCCAGAGCCCCGUGUCUGCUGAGCAGGGGGGGGCGCUGCUGGCCCUGCCGGCGGUGGUCUGCCUCCUCAACCUGGGGGCCCCCUACCUGUACCGUGGCCUGGCGGCCCUGGAGCGACACGACUCCCCAGUGCUGCAGGUGUACGUGGCCGUCUGCAGGAACCUCAUCCUCAAGAUGGUCAUCCUGGGGAUUCUUUGCUACCACUGGCUGGGCCGCAGGGUGGGCGCCCUGAGGGACCAGUGCUGGGAGAACUUUGUGGGCCAGGAGCUGUACCGGCUAAUGGUGCUGGAUUUCAUCUUUAUACUGCUGGACACGCUUUUCGGGGAGCUGGUGUGGAGGCUCAUCUCGGAGAGGAAGCUUAAGAGGAAGGAGAAGCCGGAGUUCGACAUUGCCGGGAACGUUCUGGAGCUGAUUUACGGGCAGACCCUGACCUGGCUGGGGGUCCUCUUUGCUCCCCUCCUCCCUGCCGUCCAGAUCAUCAAGCUGGUGUUUCUCUUCUACAUCAAGAAGACGAGCCUGAUGGCCAACUGCCAGGCGCCCCGCAGGCCCUGGCUGGCCUCCCACAUGAGCACCCUCUUCAUCUCGCUGCUCUGCUUCCCGUCCUUCCUGGGAGCCGCCGUCUUCCUCUGCUUCGCCGUGUGGCAGGUGAAGCCCUCCAGCACCUGCGGCCCCUUCCGGACGCUGGACACCAUGUACGAGGCGGGCAAGGUGUGGGCGCGGCGCCUGGAGAAGGCGGGCCCUAGGGUCUCCUGGCUGCCCUGGGUCCACCGGUACCUGGUGGAAAAUACCUUCCCCGUCUACCUGGUGUCGGCCCUGCUGCUGGCUGUGAUCUACCUUAACAUCCAGGUGGUGAAGGGCCAGCGGAAGGUCAUCUGCCUCCUCAGGGAGCAGAUCAGCAAUGAGGGGGAAGACAAAAUCUUCUUGAUCAACAAGCUCCACUCUGUCUACGAGAAGAAGGAGAGGAGCAGGGGUGGUAGAACCCAGGAGGCCGAGAGGCUCGAGGAGGAUCCGGACGCCCGCUAGGACGGCCCUGCAUCCGCUCACAAGUACGGCCUGUGCCCGUCACCCUCCGAUUCCACGGCCCCGCAGGCAGAGACGCCAGCCAACCUGAGACGGUGCACGCACCGGACAACCCCACUGGGCCACGGGGAGGGUGAUGGGACUCUGCAGCCCAUCGAGGCUGGAGCUGGAGGGUGGGCGAGUGGGGCUGGAGCCCCCCCAGUGGACUAGAUCCUGCUCGGGACUCUAAUUUAUUCUGGUAAAAAUAUUUUGCAGAAUGGGCCUCUCUUGGGAGUCUGUGCUCAGAGCCGAGCCAGCCGGGCGCCCAAGCACCACUGUGCUGUGUCCCCUCCCCUCGCCUGCGGAUGACGUCCAGGCGGAGGGCGUGGGAACCUAGGGCCCCUUUAUUUCCUCUUUCUGGCUGGAGGCUGCUCUUCCCUCCCUCCGCAGGGGUGCGAGGGUCUGGCGCUAAGCACAGGGCGCCCUCUGCUGGCAGAGCCUCAGAUGGCAGGUGGACCAACCCACAGCUUGACAGGUGCCCCUGGCCAGCCUGUGCCAGGUGGCUGGCACCUGUGCGGGCAGCCAGGCAGGCAAGGAGCAAGUGUGGGGGGUGUCCAGGGUGACAGAGCUGUCAGCGGUGGUAUCCCGCGGUUACAGGGCCGGGGGUGUGGAGAGCAAAGUUAGGGAGGCUGGGGGACGGCGUCCCAGUUAGCAGCGGGCCACGGGGACAGGAGCCUGCCAGGCAGAGGGGCAGCCAGCACGCAGGCCGGGACGGCCUGGCGAUCCUGUGGGGAUGCCAUGAACCCGAGAGUAAGGGAAGGUGGGGAGAGGCCGUCACAGGCCCCCGUGUCCCAGGUCUGUGGCAGCCGGGGAGAUGGCCCCACAACUCCUCAUCCCACAGGGGAAUCCAGAAGAGCACAGCUCGGGCCCGGGCGAGGCAGUGGGGAGCGCCAAUCAAACCCACGGCGGAGACACCACCACCAGCAGUGCCCCCAGCCGGGCCCACGCCCACCCGAACCGUCCCCUCUCCGAGGACGGUCUCACGGGGGGUGGGGGCGCGUAUGACUGUUCGCAGAUAUGUGGGGACAGGUCCACCUGCUGAUGUGGCCCCGGAGGCUCACCUGGCACUCUGUGUGUGUGUGUGUGGGGGGGGGGGGGCGGCGCCCUCGAUGCCCCCGACAGCUCGAUUCCUGGCUUGCCGUGGCCACUCCCAACACGGGGCUCAGGGAUCCCUGCAGAUGGCUGGUGCUCAUCCUGGGCACGAGCACAUCGGGGUGAAGUUGGAUGGGCGUCCGGAUGGAGGGAGGCUGGCCAAGGACUCUGCGACACGCCCUUCCUGACACCUGCCUCUGAACGGGCACAGACAGACCACUCCCAGUUUGAGCUGCCUCGUGGCCCCCGUGGCCCCCGUGAGGUCAGGCCAAACUGCUCUGACAAGUCAAAGGCCUGCCCAGGUUUCUGUAGAACUACCGGGUGUGACGGCUGUGUGUGUCCCUCACUCACUCGAGCACUAACUCGGGCACUGCCGUUAGGGCGUUUCGCGGGUGUGUUUAGCACGUACAGCCAGCCGACUUCAGGGAGAUUAUCCCCAAUAAUGUGUGUGGGCCUUACCCAAUCAGUUGAAAGACCUAAAGAGCAAAACACAGGUUUUCUGAAGAAAUUCUGCCCCAGGACCGCAGCGCUGACUCCUGCCGGCCCGGCUCCCACGUGAGCCCACUCUCCUCCUGGACACCCGCCUCCCGUCGUGCUGUUUCUGACAGCGUGCGGCCUCAAGAUCCUCCGGUCAGUGCAUCUCACCACGUUCCUCCCGCGCCGGAGCCCCCCGGGGGAUCGGGCCUGCGCAAGGGCUGGUGUGUCGGACGGGCCCGGAUCCUGACCCUUCUGAGCUGAUAGCCUCGCGCCUGCUCUGUGACCUUGCCCAGCCGGGUUCCUCGCCUCGUGGGGCUGCUGGAGCAAAUGACAGGUCCCGUACGGUGCUUAGCACCACGCCUGGCACGGGGAUUUUGCUUAAAAAAAAAAAAAAAAAAAAAGUGAUCUAUGACUGCCAAAAGAGGCCAACUGAGCACUUAGAAACUGCUUUCAGGGGCGCCUGGGUGGCUCAGGCGGCCGAGUGUCUGACUGCAGCUCAAGUCAUGAUCUCGCGGUCCGUGGGUUCCAGCCCCACAUCGGGCUCUGUGCUGACAGCUCGGAGCCUGGAGCCUGCUUCACAUUCUGUCUGUCUGCCCCUCCCCCGCUCGCCCUCUGUCUCUGUCCCUCAAAAACAAAAUAAA